ACAAAAACGAUUGCAAAAUUGAGACAUUUCUCACCAAAAAGUGCGAGUCACUAAGGAUGAUACGGCACAAAAGUCAGAGCGAAAAAGUCGAGUCAUUUCUAUGAAGUGACAGGAAGGAAUAUGUAUUUUUUUGCUAAAUCAUUGAAGUAAUUGUACAGCUGUCAAAUUUCCUGUGGUUAUCAAACAUUCUCGGCCUCGUAAUAAAAUCAUUGCUGAUUUGAAGAGCCAGAAAUUAUAAUUAUGCUGCAUGCAAGCAAUUUAAUUCAAUAAUUAAUUGCAUUUUGGAAACGCUACCCUCGCCCUGAAUGAAUCCUCCUGACCUUUAUUUCGUUUAGGAGUCGUGUAAAAAGUAGCCCUAGCAAAACGUCGUGUGUACCUGUGACCUCUCCCUCCCUCCCAAGUACCCCUGUCUGUCUCACUUGACCUGCCUUGUAUAAAAGUUGACCUUAAAUUGUUGUCAUUUUGUCAACUACAAUAAUGUCAUCGUCCACGCAAUCCUCAAUUCCACCAGAGGAUACGAAUUCUUCGGAGAAAUCCAGAACUACUGUUCCAGGAACUAUAUCCGUCCAAGAAGCAGCCACCACGGAACCGAACGAGGUCCACUUGUACGUCUACGACCUCAGUAGAGGUUUCGCCAAGUCGUUCUCCUCAGUCUUACUGGGUCAACAACUUGAGGGGAUCUGGCACACGAGCGUGGUCGUUUAUCAGGAGGAAUUCUUCUUUGGUGCAGGCGGCGUUACUUCUUGUCCACCCUGUGGAACAAUUCUUGGACGCCCCACGCAUAUCCAUCCCCUCGGAAGUACACACCUCCCCCGCGACGUGGUUGACGAACAGCUCCUCCAACUACGCGAAACGUCCUUCCAAGGUGCCACCUACGACCUUUUCCACCACAAUUGUAACCACUUUUCGGAAGAGUUUGCCUCCUUCUUGUGCGGUCAAGGGAUCCCGACGUACAUUCUCAAUCUCUCAGAAACCGUGAAAGACACUCCAAUUGGAAAAUUGAUUCAACGCUUUUCUGAAAAUUACCUGGUCCACCAGCCCAAUCCAAACGCUCAAUCGUCGCUGGACGAUACGAAUUCUUCUACGGCGCAGCAACAACUUACCUAUAAUCCAUCCCCGUUGGAGGAUCUGAUCCGUGAAGGCGUUCUACAAGCGACCGGACUCGGAGCGACAAUGGGAGACUCAUCGGAUGAGGGCACCCCACCACGAGCCAACAUCAAACGACGCGACCUCAUGGCCGAAGUGCAAGAAGAGGAGAAGAGGGAGAUGGAGGAGAAGAAAAAGAACAGGGAACCACCCAUCGUUUUCAGAGACAUAUGUUCCUCGAUUGACGAGUUGUUGGACGAUUUGGAAAAGUCAUUGGCCAAAGUGGAGCUGAACGAAGAGGAGAUGCGUUGUUUGAAAGAAUUGCGAGAAUAUUCCGUCGGCGACGAGGGCUCGUGGGUCCUCUCGGAUGACUUUUUAGGACUCAUCGCACGAAUCCUGAUAGGAGGCGAAGCCGGAAUUGGGGACGACAGUAAAGUCUUCUGUUGCAAGAUUCUAGCCUGGUUGGCAGUGACGAAGGACGACGUAAUUCUCGUCCUACACCAGGACCGUCGGGACCACAUCAUAAUGCGCUACGCGAAUAAUAUCGACCAGAUGAGUCCACCCUGCCAAGAGGCUGUGGCCCUCCUGCUCUGCAACCUGUUUGAAAACUUGUCCACAUCCGAGUGGCUCCUGUACAUCUCGGAAUGGGACAACGAAGGGAAAGGUGCAACGUCGAAUAUCCGGGUCACCACUAAAAUCGGGGUGCACGCAUUGCUCUCGAAAGAAUUGAAAGACGUCGGGUCCGCCCUGAUUUAUAAUAUUGUGACCAAGGAGCGUCUAGGAGAAACUUCUUUGGUGAGGUCGAUCCUUCCGGCGAGAUCCAAGUCGAAGAUAUUUGACGAUGUUGCGGUAGAGUUGGCCAUGGCGUUGUUACAAUUCAUGUCUGAAAAGCCGGUGGAAGCUUUGCUCUGGCGAGGACUAAAGUCGCUCUUGAGAUGUUGUCAGCUAGCGAGAUCUGAGGUACCCGGUCUGGUGAAGAUGGUGGGACCACCGCCGUCCAACUCUAGAGGGGCAAGUCCCCGUUGCGACGAGAUUAUCACAUCGAUCGAGACUUUCUUAAAAUCUGUACCGUAAAGGAGAAAAAAUGCUCCAAGAAGAAUUCAUCUCGUCAAAUUCAAGACUUUUUUUAAUCGUCACACACAAAGAUUCUUGUUAUCGUGUCAAAAGUGUCAAAACUCAAAUUAUUAUUUGUAUGUAGUGCCAUAAAAAAUGGAGGAAUCGUUAGAAAGUACGAAAUGUUUUUAAAAUGUGGCAGCUAUUUAAUUUAAAUGUUAUGCUUUUUAAUCGAUGUUAAGCUCAUGACGAGUCUAAUUAUGUUUGAUAAGGUAGGAUUUAAUUUUUUUCAUAUAAUGCUUCUUAUCGUCUAGACUUUAAAUAACUAACUCAAUCCCCGGUGGGCAACGAUGCAAAUGCAUGUUCAAGUUAUUAUUUAUUUAUUAUGUAUCUGCGAUGGAGCUAGAUUAAAUUUUUAAGUUUAAUGGCUCAUAAUUGAUGAGAUUCUUAGUGCGUAAUCACAAUUACUGAGUAAUUGUAAUACUCUUAACAAAAAACGUCUUUCCAAAAACAUACGAAUCUGCUGUAAAAAAAACACAUCUGAAACAAUUUGAAACCAAUCACUGCUGAAAAAUGGAUCUGUGCCAUAUUUUAUACGAUAUCGGCCUGACUGUAGAUGAAAUUAGGAAAAUAAUUACAUUUAACCUUUAAUUAACUAUUAAGGAAAAAUUUGUUGAAAAUUUAGCCUACCAUCUUAACUGUCUAGUCUUUCCCAAUUCCUGAUAUGUCAUGAAUAACUUUCCUCUAUUUCUGACCAGACUUGCUAGUUUCUGGCUCGGCGAACCGGUGCGCUCACUUACUUAACUUAGGUGUGGUGGUUCGGCGCACCAGAAAUUAGCAAGUCUGUUUCUGACCGAUUAAGGUCAAUCUUUAAAACAUGAAUCAAAUACAAUCUUGAAAUUUCAUGGUGCAAGAAAAAGUGAAUAAAAUAACUAUUCGUAUUUCAA